AUGACGGACCUUACAGAGGAGCAAAUGUUAGAAUUUAAAGACGCCUUCAGUCUCUUUGAUCAGGUUGGCGAUGGAAAAGUUGACAAGAGCCAAGUACCAGGUUUAUUAAGGUCUGUGGGAUUGAAUCCCCUAAAACAAGACCUUGACAAAGUGAAAGAGAACCUCAAGUCGAUGAGGGAGAAGCGGGUGACCUUUGAAGAAUUCCUGCCCAUUUAUGUAACGCUCGCCAAGAAGCAAGCUGGUAGUGCCGAAGAAUUUACUGAGGCGCUAAAGAUGUUUGAUCGCGAUGGUAACGGUUAUAUCAGCUCGGCAGAGCUUCGACGAAUGUUGACUGCGCUGGGAGACAAACUGACUGAGGCACAGGCCGAACACAUCGUCGCGAUGUUCGAGACCAAGGGGAUGAUAGACUAUGAAAAGCUCGUGCAGGAAGUUUUGUCGAACUAG